CACCAUCAACCUUGAAAUGCUUAAAAUGUAAAUAUUUUACAACGUCAAUUAUGCGGUUUCAAACUUUCAACGCCAUUUUAGUAAUUUUAUUUUUUAUUUUUUUUUUCGCUUUUCCACAAUUGUUUUCAUUUUUUAGCGCUAAAAAGCCCUCUUCGCCCACACACACACAGUCACACACCAUUUUCCUCCGGUCAGUUACUACUGGUGGCGUUCAAGACGUUUCCCCUCAAUGCCCUCUCAAUUCAGUCUCUGGACUAAAGUUAUUUGAGCCAGAACUUCCGUCGAAGUAUGCUGGGUGAUGUAUUAGCAGGGAGAAGGGACAUAUUUUCUGAUGCUAGUUGAUGGUCAGUUAUGGCUUCGAAGGUUUCUUCUUCGUCAAAUCUCCCGUGGACUUGGGCAAUUGAAGCUUUGGCGUCCUCUAAUAAAGUCGAUACGUCUGCCUUAAUUGGUUUGUAUUUUUAUUUUGGUUCUAUAGACUGUUUACUUAAGUUGUAAGGGUUGGCUCUUUGAUGUUUGGAGAUUUGUCAAAUUUCAGAUCUAGUUAAAAGUGCUCCUGAAAUAUCUGAUGAUCUGGAGAAAAGUGUCAGAGAAAUGGUUACCUUGAGAAUUUUAGAGGGUCUGAGUACUGAGGAAAUUCGAAUUAGGAACAAUGAGACCAGUCUCCAGGGUCAAAAUCCAGAACUUGAAGCGUCAAACAGCCGUGAGGAUGUUCUUCGACUCAUACUGGAGGAGAUGUCCGCUGCAGAUCCCAAAUUAGUUGGACCAGAUAUGCAAAAUUGGGAUAUUCAAUCCUUUAUUGUGCACAAGAGGACCUCCUUUCCUUUGCGAGCUCUGCAGAAGCUGAAGGAGGCCAUUCUUGAAGGUGGCCAUUCUGUUCUUGCAUCCUUAAAGGAAAGAAGUGGGUUGGCAAUUAACCCUCAAAAUGAUAACAAAGCGGAUGACGAAGAAUCAGAUGAUGAUUUGCGUGAUAGACAUUCAGUACCACCAGCUGAGACUAGUGCAGCUGCUACCUCAGAUGAAAACUGUAGAUUGCAGACCUCUGAAGAUCAAAUCACAUCAGAUGAUGAUUCAAGUGAGAAGGUUGAACAGGAUUCAAAUAUUUCCAAAGGAUUUGCAGUUGAAAAUUCUAUUGUGCUACCCCUACAUUGGCAAUCAACAAAUGCAUCUGACGGAAUUAUUCAGUGUACUGGAGAAGACAAGUUUCCUGCACAAAAUGAAGUCGAUGUUGGGCCGUUUAGCGUUCAAAACAGAAAUGACAGGUUAGAAGAAAAUUCUGAGGAUAUAAACUUGUUACCAGGUCAGAAAAACUGUGCUGCUACUUCUGAAAAUCUGAAAAGAUUAAGCUAUGAAGGCAAACAGGCAUUGGAUGUGGGUGAUGAUUCCCAGGUUGGUGAAGAUUUUGUUAAAGAGAACAGAGUUGACAGUCAAAUAAAUUCACCAUCAUAUGCACAAUCACUUAAUUCAUCUCAGCAAAGUCUUCCCUGUAGUGAAAAACAGGCACAGAACUUGCUACAAGUAAACAAGUUUGGAUCUUCUGUCCCUCAAAAUGAGGAUGGCGAGUUCCAAAGAACUGCACAAAAGAGGAAUAGGACCAUUGUUCCUGUUGAAGAUUUGGGUGAUUCUUUUGAGACCCAUGCUGAAGUUUCCAAGAAGUACAAGCAAGAUACGAAUGUUUCCGGAGGUAAUGUAGCUGAGAAUACAGCCUGUUCACCUAUGCAUGGAAUAUCAACAAUUCCAUCUUACAUGAACUGCAACUUGCAUAAAGAAGGCUGUAUUGGGCCAGUAGAUGGUGAUGGAUCUUUUCAUGAUAGUGUCUGCCGGAAUGCUGAACCAAAGAGGCUUGCACAAAGCUGUGAUGCAGAUGAGCAUUUGCCUAUUCCUAUGGAAAUUGAGGUUGAGCUUGACGUGAACAAGACAGCUGAAUUUCCUGCUGCAUCGAGUGGCCAGCAAAAUAUUUUGAAUGAACCAAAGGGACGCCGUGGAUUUCUUGAACAAAGAACAUUAAAUCAGAUAUCAUCAGGUGGGUUGGAGAAAGAGACGCAGCCUGAAAAUGCCACCUAUCUGUCGGAGGGUAAUCUUCUUAGGAAGCCAUCAAAUUAUGGUGAAGGCAAGGAUGAUGUAGUAUACAGCCCUAACCUGGAAAAGACGAAUGACAGUGAUGAAUGUAAUGAUGAAAGAAUAGCUGCUGCCUUAAAGAAGGAUAAUCAAGAUUCUUAUGCUACACAGUCAAAUUCUUGUAUCAAGUGCGAUGGAGACGGCGAAUUAUUAGUUUGCAGUUCUAGUACCUGCCAAUUGAUGGUUCAUAGGAGCUGCUUGCGUUCUGCUGGGAUGUUUGAUGAAAAUGGAAAGUUUUACUGCCCUUUUUGUGCUUACUCUCGUUCAAUUUCAGAGUAUUUACAAAUAAAGAAAAAGGCUGCGCUGGCACGGAAAGAUUUGGCAAUGUUUAUUGGCAUGAAAACUGAUUGUCAACCAGAGAAAUCCUCUUCGAGAACAGAGGGAGCAAUGCUUGGUCAGUUGAGAAGAAAUGGUGAAAUUGGUAUAGACAAUGAAGAAAAUGAUGAAGAACUGAUAAACAGGGCCACAAAAUCUCAGUGUAUGCAAGACAGGCAUCAAACAGAGCCUCCACAGAAUAGUAAUGUUGAUAAUUGCCUUCGUGGAAAACGAAUGGUUUUAACUAAUGGCACAGCAAGUGUGUCAGCAAAAAGAAACCUUGAAAAGGAAGACCUGGGACAGCAGCUAGGGGCUUCAGAGUUGGUUAGAACAUCUGAUAAUGUCCGCAUAAGAUCCAAUUCAAUUGGCAGGAACAAGAGAAACAAGGAAAUGCAUGUGAAGAAAAUUCGUGAUACAUCAAAGGUAACAUUACCUUUUGAACCUCUGUCUCCAUCAAAUAACAAAAGCUCCAAAGAUGAUCAUGAGAAAUGUGCAACUUCAAGGUAUUCAAUGAGAUCGAGAAACCAAGUUAUACAGUAUACUGAUCUAGUGAUUCCCCAACUAAGGCGGAAACCCUUGCCUUGGUCAAAAGAAGAGGAAGAGAUAUUAAAGGUAGGGGUUCGAAAACUUACUACCAUUCACGAUAAAAAAAUUCCAUGGAUGAAGAUUUUGGAAUUCGGAGCUGAUGUUUUUGAAAAAGGACGCAGUGCUGUCGACCUUAAGGAUAAAUGGAGAAAUAUAUGCAAAGGAAGUCCUGUAUCACAAUGAAGUCUUUUUUUGCCCAAUCUAUCUGUUCAUGUACAGUUUCUUCUUCUUUGAAUUUAAAUACGUGCACCUAGCUGUGUUUUCCGUUUUAGACCUCUACAUUUUUCUUCGUCUUAUGUCCAACUUUCUAGUACAGAUAAAAUCAUGAAUGUUAGAAGUUCAUCAGCUUUCAAGAAUUUUGUCAUUCCUGUUGUUUAGGCCUCUUUAGCUGAAAUUGGCCUGGUGUAAGUUGUGCUAUUUUGAUGGCAUUUAGGAUAAAUAGAAAUCUAAAGACAAUUCGGAUAAUCUAAUUACAGUAAAACUGAAUUAGAAUAAACUUUU